AUGCUGUACCAGGCGCUGCUGGGGCUCGUCGGCCUGUGCGCCACCGUCGUGGUCGCAGACGACGGCGGCAGGGACCUUGGCUCUGUGCUCGCGGGCAACAAGAACCUCACCAAAUACUAUGACCUCAUCAAGAAAUAUCCAGACAUCCUGCUGCAAUUGCCGAGCUACCAGGGCGUUACGAUCGUUGCGCCGUCAAACAAGGCCUUCGAGAACAUCCCCUACACGUCUCUUAAUGGCCAAUGGGACCCUGAGGACAAGGCCAAGACGGUGCCCCUCCUCCAGUACCACAUCCUCCAGGGCAACGUCUCGACAAAGGACCUUGACACCGGUCCAACCGUCGUCAGGAAGACUCUCCUGACGGACUCCAAGUACACCAAUGUGACCUCGGGCCAGAAUGUCCUGAUCAACAAGCAGCCCGGCGACGUUGUCGUCUUCACCACUAGCAUGGGCACGCGCUGUACCCUCGUCGAGGGCGACAUUGCCUUUCAGGGGGGCCUGAUCCAGGUCGUGGACAACCUCCUCAUCCCGCCCGCGCGCAUCGACAAGACGUCUGAGGCCUUCAAGGUGUCAUCGUUCUUGGGCGCGCUCUACGCCGCCAAGCUUAUGCCGGACCUUGCAUAUCGCAAGAACGUGACUAUCUUUGCGCCUCAAGAUGAAGCCUUUGCGCUCGUCGGUGGCGGACUGGAGAAGCUGGAUUCGCAGAAGCUCGCUCGCGUCAUGGGCUACCACGUCGUGGCCGACCAGGUCAUCGUCUCGUCGGCGUUCUCCAAUGGCACGAAGCUCGCCACUUUGGCCAAGGCUGACGGCGAGGGCGGCGCCAGCGAGAAGGUUACGGUACGCAUCGCAGGGAACAACAAGUACGUCAACUCGGCGCAGAUUGUCCAGCCGGACAUUCUCAUCGCCAACGGCAUCUUGCACCUGGUGUCCGACGUGCUCAACCCCGAUGCCGACACCGUUGCGCCGAAUCCCACGCUUGGGACGCAAGUGCCCGUCUUUCCCGUCAGCUCUGCCAAGGACGCCUUCACAUCUGCGCUGCCUUGCUCCACGGACUGCCCCGUGACAACUUCGGCGACGGGGACGGAUGCCUCGGGGGCGGCUACAGCGACAACGAGCAGCACGUCGUUCCACUCCAGUUCCAGCAAGGGUGGCGCAAUGCCAGCGAGGGCCACGGGAGGCGUGAUGGGGACGGCGGCGAUGGGGCUGUUGGGUGUUGGGGCUGGGAUGGCUCCGUGGCUGUAG